AUGAAGAAGCAGGGUCGCCAAAAAGGCAUGGCCAAGGCCUAUUCCGUCAUAUCCGCUAUGCAGAACACGAGACCUAGACCUAGACCGCGGGCCUCCAAUGGCCCCACCUCCGUCCCCAAGGUCGAUCAAGUUACUAAAGCUCAGAUCAAGCCCAUCAAUCGCUCAAAGUUUACAGGCAAGUGUGGUCGUCCAACGUGCCAUGAAUAUUACAUGUGCCCGUCUUCCAAGUCCAAAGACAAGAAGACUAAGGAGGCGCAGAGGCUUAAGUCUUCAGUCAACGUGGUUCCGAAUUAUAGACUGACCACUUGGAGAGUGGUGGAUACCAAGUCUAGUAUGAAAUUGUCAGGAUUUUCGACCAUUGAUGUUUUGGAGUAUUUAGAUAGGAUCGAUCGCGUGGAUCAUUAUUAUGAAGGUGGUGAUGAAGACGAAGAAACACAAUGUUAG